AUGACGGGUUGCAACCCCAGUCACACGCCCAUGGAGCCGCGCCUCAAGCUGAGCAGGGGGAGCCCGGCACAGCCUGUGGACGUCACCGAAUACAGGAGCAUCGUGGGCAUGCUCCGCUACCUCGUCCACACCAGGCCGGAUCUUGCCUUCUCCGUCGGGUACGUCUCGCGGUUCAUGCAGGAGCCCACGACGGAGCACAUGGCGGCAGUAAAGCAUGUUCUGCGCUACGUGGCGGGACUCUGCACUGGGGAGAGCACCACCGGCGUCACCUUCUUCCUUGGCAGCAACCUGGUCAGCUGGCAAUCACAGAAGCAGAGGGUUGUGGCCCUCUCCUCAUGCGAGUCGGAGUACAUGGCCGCCACCACGGCGGCAUGCCAAGGUAUAUGGCUCGCACGACUACUGGGAGAAAUAAAAGACGAAGAACUGAAGGCGGCGGUGCUCAACGUCGACAACAAGUCGGCCAUCUCACUAAGUAAGAACCCUGUUUACCACGACCGGAGCAAACACAUUGAGAUCAGGUAUCAUUUUAUCCGGGAGUGCGUGGAGAAUGGGAAGAUUCAGAUCGAGUUCGUUCGGUCCGGAGAUCAACUUGCCGAUGUGCUCACUAAGAAUAAGAGGAGAAGAUUGAAUACAGAAAAGUUGCAAGUGUUCACAACGCAAAACAACUGUCCCCGAGCUCUCUCUCUCGUGUGUGUGUGCGCGCGAUCGGUGUUUACAGCCCUCGCCCGCCGGUGGCGCCCCCUCUGGCGCGCCUCCCCGCGCAACCUCGACGACGCCCGCCUCCCCAGAUGGUCCUGGGAAUGCAUCUCCAAGAUCCUCGCCGAGCACCGCGGCCCUGGCCGCCGCCUCUGCCUCCGCCACCUCAGCCGGCAGGGCAGCAUCGCCGAUCUCGCAGAGUGGAUCCGAUCUCCCGCCCUCGACAACCUCGAGGAGAUCCAUAUCUCUUACCGAUACGACCUUCUGCUGCCGCCGUGCGCCCUCCGCUUCGCGCCGACCCUCCGCGUCGCCAGCUUCGCCCGCUGCCGUUUCCCCGAGGACAUUUCCGCGACCCUCGCAUUCCCGCAUUUGACGCGGCUCGCCCUCACCGAGGUCGAGAUCUCCGAGGAUGCCCUCCACGGCCUGCUCUCCGCCUGUUCCGCGCUCAGGGUGCUCCAGCUGGAUUGGUGCAGCGGCUUCGACCGAGUGGUCAUCGACUCGCCGACCCUCCAGAGCUUCGGCAUUGUCGCGGACAGCUACGUGGGCGAGCUGGUCAUACACUAUGCUCCUCGCCUGGAGAGAUUGAUUGCAUUUGAUAAUUUUGACAUCCAGGUGAUCAGAGCGCCUAGACUGCAGAUGGCUUGCUUUCUGGACAGCCACAAGACUACACUCCAUGUUGGAACCAUGGCUUCUCGGGGAAUUUCUGGCGGAAACUUGGCAACGUCACUGCACAGCGUGAAGAUUUUCAUUCUUGAUACUGUUGGUCCUGAUCUUGAUGCAGUUCUAAACUUCAUCAAAUACUUUCCUUGCUUGGAGAAGCUCGUCAUCACGUUAUACCUGGAAGUUGAUCUGAAAAAGAAAAAUGUACGCCAUCUUAACCCACAAGAUCGCAUUGAAUGUCUUGACCUCAGUCUCAAAGAAGUAGUGCUGAAGGGUUACGAGGGCAAGCGGUCGGAUCUUAACUUUGCCAAGUUCUUUGUUCUGAAUGCUAAGGUGCUUGAGUCAAUGGAACUCCGUGUCCAGGAUAACACAUUCACCAGGAGAUGGGAAACUAAUCAGCGUAGGCGGCUACAACUGGAUAGCAGGGCUUCUAGAAAUGCUGGGUUUGAGUUUGGAGAAGCUUAUCCGUUCACUACAUUUGCAUGCAGCAAUCAUGCUCAUGUUUUGACCAUGGCUGAUCCUGUUGGUACCUCUUGCGGAGUUUGUGGGCAUACUGAUUGAUGAUAUCGCCCUUCACGUGUAAUUCAAACUUUUUCUGUAGGCAACUAUGUUAUUUAUCAUGUACUGUGACGCGGCACUUGUUUUCUAUUUGGAAUUCCAAAAGGCCUGAGGGCAACCUCGUCAGGCUACU